GCGACAAAUUAGUGUCAAAAAACGUGAACCCAUUCGAUCACAUAACAUUUUGAACUUCAAGAAAAUCACACAAUCGAUAAAUGAUGAAGUAUGGCAUGGCUCAAAAGUUUGUACCGGAGGCCGCCGAGCUCUGUGAAAAUUCCUUGAAAAAGUUCAUAUCUUUGAUUGGAACAGUGGACAAGCUGCUUGUCAUCUCUGGAGCAGGAAUAUCUACAGAAUCUGUUCCAGGUAUCCCAGAUUACCGCUCGAAAGAUGUGGGGCUGUACGCAAGAAUUGCACACAAGCCAAUUUAUUUUCAAGAUUACAUGAGGUCCAACCGUUGUAGACAAAGAUACUGGUCUCGCAAUUUUUUAGCCUGGCCGAGAUUUGGUCAAGCUGCUCCUAACAUCAAUCACUACGCACUAUCGAAAUGGGAAGCUUCCGAUAGAUUCCAAUGGUUAAUCACACAAAACGUGGAUGGGCUUCACUUAAAAGCGGGCUCAAAAAUGGUAACGGAACUUCAUGGCAGUGCUCUUCAAGUAAAAUGUACAACAUGUGAUUACAUUGAAUCAAGACAAACGUACCAAGACCGACUUGAUUACGCAAAUCCUGGGUUUAAAGAAGAACACGUGGCUCCAGGAGAGCUGGCGCCAGAUGGUGACAUUAUUCUACCGUUGGGAACUGAGAAAGGUUUCCAAAUUCCCGAGUGCCCAAGUUGUGGGGGACUUAUGAAGACAGAUGUCACGUUUUUUGGAGAGAACGUUAACAUGGACAAAGUCAAUUUUUGUUACGAGAAAGUGAAUGAAUGUGAUGGGAUUUUAUCACUUGGCACGUCGUUGGCGGUGUUAUCUGGAUUUCGGUUUAUCCAUCAUGCUAACAUGAAGAAGAAACCAAUUUUCAUAGUCAAUAUAGGACCUACAAGAGCUGAUCACAUGGCGACGAUGAAGUUAGAUUAUAAAAUCUCUGACGUUUUAAAAGAAAUGUAGACUAAGACGUGUAGUUUUGGAAUUUGAUAAUAUUGUGUUGACGACAGUUUUUUGGGUACUUUCCGUUUGUAUUUUGAAACUUUUUUUUAUUGUUUGAAUAGAAUGGCAAUUUGUUUCAUGUUAAUUGGAAUAAACAAUUUUUGAUG